UUCAUUUAAUUUACUAUAAGGUUAAGGAAUUAGAUGAACAUGAAUCUCGUGAACUCUUUUGUCAACAUGCAUUCAAAAGAAACAAGCCUACAGAAGAUUAUUUGGAGCUUGUACACCAAUUUAUUGGUUAUGCCAAAGGACUUCCAUUAGUUCUAAAAAUAAUAGGUGAUGAUUUAUACGACAAAAAUUUACAAUGUUGGAAAAGUGCAUUAGAUAAGUACAAAAGAAUUCCUAAAUCGGAUAUUCAAGAAGUACUUAAAAUAAGCUACGAUGGAUUGGACCAAAUUCAACGGAAUAUUUUUCUUGAUAUUGCAUGUUUUCUUAAAGGAUUCUACAAGAAUUUGGUUGUAGAUAUAUUACAAAGUAGCAAUUUUCAUGACCCAUACUAUGAUAUUGAAAAACUUAUGGAUAAAUCUCUAAUAGUUGUUGCAAAAGAUGACAAAUUAUUGAUGCAUGACUUGAUACAACAAAUAGGUUUGGAAAUAGCUCGACAAGAAUCAGAAGUGUCAAAAAAACAUAGAAGGCUAUUGUGUUAUGAGGAUGCUCCUGAAGUACUAAAUAGAGAUACGGGAUUAGAUGAAAUUCAAGGCAUAACAUUGUCCUUGCCACAACCAAGAAAGAUGCAAUUGAAUCUUGGAAAGAUGAAAAGUCUCAAAUAUUUGACAAUUCAUAAUGUAAUUUGUGAAGACCUUAAAUCUCUUCCCAAUGGGUUAAGGUUACUUGAUUGGAAUAAAUUUCCUUUAUCGUCCUUGCCAUCCACCUUUGAACCUACAAAACUUGUUGUACUUAACAUGCGAUGGAGCCACAUUAAAUUGGAUGAGCACUUUGAGGUAUAA